ACUGCUGCCUCUGAAAUGAAAGAAAGGUCAGAGCCUGGGGAAGCAGGGCUGAGUGUGCGAUGGAAGCGGCUGGCAGGCGAGGAGGGGUGGGGUGGCCGGCAGCUGCCUGACCGCCCCGGUCUUCCCCAGGGAGGCCUGAACCGGCCGGGCCUGGGUGCAGCCCCCCUGCCCAGGGUUUGGCCUCCCAGCCCCCCGCAGAGCCGCCUCCCAGCCUGCCCCUGGGGAGGGGCCACCUGGUGUCAAUUAAACCCCAGCCACUUGGCCGCACCACGCUGGGCAGCUGAUUAGUGCCGCCGGCCUCUCCAGAUGGGGAGCACGGCCUAAGACAGGGUGCCUGCCACCGCGCCAGGGGGAGGCCUCCUCGCUGGAGCCGCUCAGAAAGCCCCGAUUGGCUCUGCAUCUAACGGUCUGGCGACACCUAGGGGAUAGUCCCCACUAGCAUGCAUCACUUCUAGACACAUCCACCAGACGCUUUCUCCUCCCCGGUCCGCCUGACCUGUUGCUUUGGGACACGAUCCCCCUCACCCCCCACUUGCCCUGACGUCUGUCUGACCAACCAUCAUUUCCUUAGAGAACAAGAAAGGAGGCAGUCGCAGGAAAUCAUGCCACCAACAGCCCAACAGCAAUGAGCGCGUGAUGCUGCAUUGACGUCAAAGGCAGAGACAACCAAGACCUGGAGCAGCUCCCUCUCCAGACUCCCUGCCGCCCCAGCCCCUGGCUCCUUCUCUCAGCACAGCCUGAAGCCUGGCUUCUCCUGGUGAAAUUGUCUCCGCUUGACGUAUCCAAAGGUCUUCAGACCCUUGGACACCAGACACUAUGGAGAACCACAUGUUCAGCGUUCAGCAGAUCCAGCCCAAUGUCAUUUCUGUCCGCCUCUUCAAGCGCAAAGUGGGGGGCCUGGGAUUCCUGGUGAAGGAAAGGGUGAGCAAGCCGCCCGUGAUCAUCUCCGACUUGAUUCGAGGGGGUGCCGCAGAGCAGAGUGGCCUCAUCCAGGCUGGGGACAUCAUUCUUGCGGUCAACGGCCAGCCCUUGGUGGACCUGAGCUAUGACAGCGCCCUGGAGGUGCUCAGAGGUAUCGCCUCCGAGACCCAUGUGGUCCUUAUUCUGAGGGGCCCUGAGGGCUUCACCACGCACCUGGAGACCACCUUCACCGGGGAUGGGACCCCCAAGACCAUCCGGGUGACACGGCCCCUGGCUCCCCCCACCGCAGCAGUUGAUUUGUCCCACCAAUCAGCAGCAGGCAAAGAGCAGACCGUGGUGGUGGAUGGGGCCACAGGUCCUGGCAAUGGGCCACAGCACAUACCAGACCAUGGGCAGGAAGCUGGCUCCCUCUCCCACACCAAUGGCUUGGCUCCCAGGCCCCCAAGCCAGGACCCUGCCAAGAAAAGUGCUGCGGUCACCCUCCAGGGCAGCGGGGAGAACAAUAAACUGCUCAAAGAGAUAGAGCCCGUGCUGAAUCUUCUCAGCAGUGGGAGCAAAGGGAUCAACCGAGGGGAACCUGCCAAGGCGGAGACAAAGGACGUGGAAAUACAGGUGGACAGAGAUAUGGAUGGCAAAUCUCACAAAACUCUGCCCCUCGGUGUAGAGAACGACCGAGUCUUCAAUGACCUAUGGGGGAAGGGCAACAUGCCUGUCGUCCUCAACAACCCAUAUUCAGAGAAGGAGCAGCCCCCUGCCUCGGGAAAACAGUCUCCCACCAAGAAUGGCAGCCCGUCCAAGUGCCCCCGCUUCCUCAAGGUCAAGAACUGGGAGACUGACGUGGUUCUGUCUGACACCCUCCACCUUAAGAGCACAUUGGGAACAGGAUGCACUGAGCACAUCUGUAUGGGGUCCGUCAUGCUUCCUUCUCAGCACAUACGAAGGCCCGAAGAUGUCCACACAAAAGAACAGCUCUUUCCUCUCGCCAAAGAGUUCAUUGAUCAGUAUUACUCGUCAAUUAAAAGAUUCGGCUCCAAAGCCCACAUGGAGAGGCUGGAGGAGGUGAACAAAGAGAUUGAAACCACCAGCACCUACCAGCUCAAGGACACAGAGCUCAUCUACGGGGCCAAGCACGCCUGGCGGAAUGCCUCCCGCUGCGUGGGCAGGAUCCAGUGGUCCAAGCUGCAGGUGUUCGAUGCCCGCGACUGUACCACGGCUCACGGGAUGUUCAACUACAUCUGUAACCACAUCAAGUAUGCCACCAACAAAGGGAACCUCAGAUCUGCCAUCACCAUAUUUCCCCAGAGGACUGACGGCAAGCAUGACUUCCGAGUCUGGAACUCCCAGCUCAUCCGCUACGCCGGCUACAAGCAGCCCGAUGGCUCCAUCCUGGGGGAUCCAGCCAAUGUGGCAUUCACGGAGAUCUGUAUCCAGCAGGGCUGGAAGCCCCCAAGGAGCCGCUUCGAUGUCCUGCCACUCCUGCUCCAGGCCAAUGGCAACGACCCUGAGCUCUUCCAGAUCCCUCCAGAGCUGGUGUUGGAAGUGCCCAUCAGACACCCCAAGUUUGAGUGGUUCAAGGACCUUGGGCUGAAGUGGUACGGCCUCCCUGCUGUGUCCAACAUGCUACUGGAGAUCGGCGGCCUGGAGUUCAGUGCCUGCCCCUUCAGCGGCUGGUACAUGGGCACGGAGAUUGGCGUCCGUGACUACUGUGACAGCUCUCGAUACAACAUCCUGGAGGAAGUGGCCAAGAAGAUGAACUUGGACAUGAGGAAGACAUCCUCCCUGUGGAAGGACCAAGCACUGGUGGAGAUCAACAUUGCGGUUCUGUACAGCUUCCAGAGUGACAAAGUGACCAUCGUGGACCACCACUCUGCCACCGAGUCCUUCAUUAAGCACAUGGAGAAUGAGUACCGCUGCCGGGGCGGCUGCCCUGCCGACUGGGUGUGGAUCGUGCCCCCCAUGUCCGGCAGCAUCACCCCUGUCUUCCACCAGGAGAUGCUCAACUACCGGCUUACCCCCUCCUUUGAAUACCAGCCUGACCCCUGGAACACCCACGUCUGGAAAGGCACCAACGGGACCCCCACAAAACGGCGAGCCAUCGGCUUCAAGAAGCUGGCAGAAGCCGUCAAGUUCUCAGCCAAGCUGAUGGGACAGGCUAUGGCCAAGAGGGUCAAGGCUACCAUCCUUUAUGCCACAGAGACGGGCAAAUCACAGGCUUAUGCUAAAACCUUGUGUGAGAUCUUCAAACAUGCCUUUGAUGCCAAGGUGAUGUCCAUGGAAGAAUAUGACAUCGUACACCUGGAACAUGAAACUCUGGUCCUAGUGGUUACCAGCACCUUUGGCAAUGGAGACCCCCCUGAGAAUGGGGAGAAGUUUGGCUGCGCUUUGAUGGAAAUGAGGCACCCCAACUCUGUGCACGAGGAAAGGAAGUACCCGGAACCCUUGCGUUUCUUUCCCCGUAAAGGGCCUUCCCUCGCCCGAGGUUACACUGAACUGCGCGGUCUGGCUGCAGCUCGUGACAGCCAGCACAGGAGCUACAAGGUGCGAUUCAAUAGUGUUUCCUCAUACUCCGACUCCCGCAAAUCAUCAGGGGAUGGUCCAGACCUCAGAGACAACUUUGAGAGCGCCGGGCCCCUGGCAAAUGUGAGGUUCUCUGUGUUCGGCCUUGGCUCCCGGGCAUACCCUCACUUCUGCGCCUUUGGACACGCCGUGGACACCCUCCUGGAAGAGCUAGGGGGAGAGAGGAUCCUAAAGAUGAGGGAGGGGGACGAGCUCUGUGGACAGGAGGAGGCUUUCAGGACCUGGGCCAAGAAAGUCUUCAAGGCAGCCUGUGAUGUGUUCUGCGUGGGAGACGACGUCAACAUUGAGAAGGCGAACAACUCCCUCAUCAGCAAUGACCGCAGCUGGAAGAGGAACAAGUUCCGCCUCAGCUAUGUGGCCGAAGCUCCAGAACUGACCCAAGGUCUCUCCAAUGUCCACAAAAAGCGGGUCUCGGCCGCUCGACUCCUCAGCCGUCAAAAUCUUCAGAGUCCUAAAUCCAGCCGAUCAACUAUCUUCGUGCGUCUUCACACCAAUGGGAAUCAGGAGCUUCAGUACCAGCCUGGGGACCACCUGGGCGUCUUCCCUGGCAACCAUGAGGACCUCGUGAAUGCCCUGAUCGAGCGGCUGGAGGACGCACCCCCUCUCAACCAGCUAGUGAAGGUGGAGCUGCUGGAGGAACGGAACACGGCUUUGGGAGUUAUCAGUAACUGGACAGACGAGCAUCGCAUCCCACCCUGCACCAUCUUCCAGGCCUUCAAGUACUACCUGGACAUCACCACGCCUCCAACGCCACUGCAGCUGCAGCAGUUUGCCUCCCUGGCCACCAGUGAGAAAGAGAAGCAGCGCCUGCUCGUCCUUAGCAAGGGUCUGCAGGAGUACGAGGAAUGGAAAUGGGGCAAGAACCCCACCAUUGUGGAGGUGCUGGAGGAGUUCCCAUCCAUCCAGAUGCCCUCUACCCUGCUCCUGACCCAGCUGUCCCUGCUCCAGCCCCGCUACUAUUCCAUCAGCUCCUCCCCGGACAUGUACCCCGACGAGGUGCACCUGACUGUGGCCGUUGUCUCCUACCGCACCCGAGAUGGAGAAGGACCAAUUCACCAUGGCGUGUGCUCCUCCUGGCUCAACCGGAUCCAGGCUGACGAGGUGGUGCCCUGUUUCGUGAGAGGAGCACCCAGCUUCCACCUGCCCCGAAAUCCCCAAGUGCCCUGUAUCCUGGUUGGCCCAGGCACUGGCAUUGCCCCUUUCCGAAGCUUCUGGCAGCAACGGCAAUUCGAUAUCCAACACAAAGGAAUGAGUCCCUGCCCCAUGGUCCUGGUUUUCGGGUGCCGGCAGUCCAAGAUAGACCACAUCUACAAGGAGGAGACCCUGCAGGCCAAGAGCAAGGGGGUCUUCCGAGAACUGUACACAGCCUACUCCCGGGAGCCAGACAAACCAAAGAAGUACGUGCAGGACAUCCUGCAGGAGCAGCUGGCCGAGGCUGUGUACCGAGCCCUGAAGGAGCAAGGGGGCCACAUUUACGUCUGUGGGGACGUCACCAUGGCCGCCGAUGUCCUCAAAGCCAUCCAGCGCAUCAUGACCCAGCAGGGGAAACUCUCCGUAGAGGACGCUGGCGUGUUCAUCAGCAGGCUGAGGGAUGACAACCGGUACCAUGAAGAUAUUUUCGGAGUCACCCUGCGCACGUAUGAAGUGACCAACCGCCUUAGAUCUGAAUCCAUUGCCUUCAUUGAGGAGAGCAAAAAAGACACAGAUGAGGUUUUCAGCUCCUAACUGGACCCUCUUGCUCAGAUGGAUGGCAGGGUUGCCGCCCCACGCCCUCGGCCGGGGUGGCUACAGGUUUUGUAAGCUCGGACACUGCUGAACCUUCCCUUUGGGCCCCUUCCCCCGUGGCCCCUGCUCUGCCUCUCGUCCUGUCACCGUGUCCUGGUCCUCCGCUCCUGGGUUCUCACUUCUCAGUGUGUCUCUCUCACCCUUUUGGGUUUUCUCCUUGAGUUUUCCUGCUGCAAUGCGAUGCCUUUAUAAUCCGCAGUGGCUUUUACAAAACUGUUUCCCUCUCUCUCUCUCUCUCUUUCUGACAAGGGCACAUCCCCAGUGCAUGAAACCACUGGAACAUGGCUGUGGCUUGUGUUAGGGUGUCUACUGGGGUUCACCCUGGAGAGGCUGCAGGGACCAGAUGCAAGAGUUUUCUGAGCUAGUUCCUCCGCCGCUGUUCAAACCCCCGCCCCCCAACCCCGUCCUUUUUUUACGAUGGUGUUCUGGACAUGUGUGUAUGUGCGUGUGAUGGGCCUGGGUCUCCCUCUGUCCUCUUGCCUGAGCAGACAUGCCGCCUGCACACCCUCAGUGCCAAGAAAUUUGCCCCAGCCCAUACUGAGGCCUCAUGUAUCCAUAAGUAAGGGUCUGUGCUAGUACCCAUAAUAGACCUGGUUAUAAAAGAGCAGGGCGUGGAGGUGGGGUGUGAUGAGAGGAAGAUAUUCAGUGAAAGAGGGAGUCACAGAAUUAGAUGCAUCCAGAUACUGGUACCAGUUAGCGGAGCCCUUACUGGGAGAUGAACCCAUCUGCUCCCCAGCCCCACCCCACCUCAGCCAGGAUCACCUGACCUGGCCCUCCCCAGACAGUCCCACCCACAAGACGGGAAACAGUGUUGUCCAAGGGAAUGAGCUGGAAAUAAGUGUCUUCCCAUCUUUGCCACUGGAUGACAUUGGACAACGUCACCUGUCCUUCAUUUCCUGUAAUUGUAAUGUUAUGAAGCGGAAAAGGAUGGAUAGAUCGAACUUUAAACUUGUGGAGAUUGGAAACAAUAUCAAGGAAGGGCAUUGUUGUUGUUGUUUUAUUUCCCUAAAUGGGGCUUGCCGUUUCAGCCCUGGAAGUAAAAUACCAGAAGUCAGUGAAAGCAGAUGAGGCUGAAGAAGGAGACCAUCACGAGGCGCCUGCCGACAGCUGGGGCGGGGAGAACCUGCCACCAUGCUUUCGGUCUUCAAAAAGAGAUUCCCCCAGGUUUUUAACCUGAUAAAAGAAUUUUGACGAAUAAAUUAUCCUCAACGCAGAUUUUAAAAACAGGCAGUAAAGUCUUUUGGCAAGAAUCGGGACAGGUACAAUUGCUCCCAGUCGGACAAUCUGCUGAGUUCAUCUUCUCAGAGGAAAUGGGGUGGAAGUGUCCCUCUCUACCCUGAAGUGCUCAAAAUCAAUGGUAAGCAGCGCCCAGAGAGAGCCGGGAAACCCCACUGACCCCCAGCAACUGCCUCCCAGGCGUUGAAAGGAAGCCAUCAGCCAGUUCCGGUCUUCCGUCUGGUUUUGUUUCGUCUUAUGCUGUAGAAAGGCAGCCUUUUCUUUGGACGCAGCACACAGGCAUUGCUUUCUUGAUGCUUGGUGUGGGGGUCUGCCAAAGGGAGAGGGCUCUGUCCCUCCCCAGAAGGGCCCUAGAUCCGAGGUGCCAAAAAGGUGUCCCCAGGAAGGGACAACCUCAGAGACUCUUAAAGACAAAGGGGAAGCUCUGUCUCGGCUUUUUCCACCUUCCCUGGCAGCCCCCGCUGGUGUCCCAUCCAUGGGACACAGAGUUCGACUUCGUGCCGGUUUUGAUUUCCCUGCCUGACUUUAAUCCUAUUCACUCCUGCUCGGGCUUCCGUGGCACAGAAACCAAGCACUCAGCAUGCUCGGCCACCCCUCUCUGACCUGGAGGGAAGCCUGUUCAAAACCAUUUCUUUCCUGCAAACGUGAUUCUGGCUUCUAGUAGCUGUCCUCCCAAGGGCUUCCUGUCCAACCCUCUGAGCCUUUCAGAGAUACCUCCUAAGAUGUCACUAACUCCCCAGGGGCUGAACUGCUGUGUCCAACCUCCAUCCUAGAAGAAUUAGAGCACCCCUCUCCAAAUCAAGCUUCACACAUGAAUGCUUUUCCAUCGCCAAAGAAAUAUUUAUGAGCACUUACUCCAUACUAGGCACUUUCUCACUUCUCCCUGCCCUUCUAGUAGCAGACAAGCAAAGGAAAACAUCAUCUUGUUUUAUCAGGAAGUCUAAGUGAUUACGUAACCAGGAUUCAUCGUUCUUCCCAAGAAUGAUUGUUUUGUUUUUGUAAGAAAAUACCUUUUAACCCCCAACACAAGCUGCUUCAUAACUCCUGGCUGAGAGACAGGAAGCUAGUCUGAUGGGUUUCUCUCAUUCACCAGAAUCUCUGAUACCAAAAGCCUCCCGUUAAAAAGCCUAUCAAGGAGUUCCCGUCGUGGCUCAGCGGUUAACGAACCUGACUAGGAACAUGAGGUUGCGGGUUCAAUCCCUGGCCUCGCUCAGUGGGUUAAGGAUCCGGUGUUGCCGUGAGCUGUGGUGUAGGUUGCAGACGAGGCUCAGAUCCCGCGCGUUGCUAUGGCCCUGGCGUAGGCUGGCGGCUACAGCUCUGAUUCGACCCCUAGCCUGGGAACCUCCAUAUGCCAUGGGUGCGGCCAUAGAAAAGACAAAAAAAAAAAAAAAAAAAAAAAAAAAAGAGAGAGAGAGAGAGAAAUAAAGAUAAAAAGCCUAUCAAGAGGCAGAGGGAGUGAAGUCCUGAUUUUGGGGUCAGCUCUGAUCCAGGGUGGCUAAAUGCUGCCCUCUUGUGGUGGUUUUUUAGUUCAGUCUCAGUAGCCUGCAAAUGUUGGUGUGACAGAGGGCAAGCAAAAAUAGGGUUGACUGGGCAUAUGGGGGGUUGCCCUAGUUGCAGGCGUCUUAUUUCUCUUUCCCAUUUAGCACAAGUGGGUUUGGCCAGGAGAAAUGAGACAUCCCUACAACAGGAAAGCUGGAACAGUCAUGCUCUCCUAUUGCUACUAUGAAUCCUAUUCUUACACCUUGAGUCGCAAAAAAAGCAGUACUUAAAACCCCAUAAGAGGAUACAGGUUUUCCCUUGGUUUCUAUGGAGUGAGACAGCCAGGUAUCUUUUCUCUGGGGAGAAAUGCUUCAGAGCACCAAAAUGGAAUUUUAGAAACAGACUGCAGCCCAAAUGCUGACUCUGCCCCUGUUUCAGCAGUCAGCCAUGAGCUGGUGACCUAACCUUUCUGAGUCUCCAUAUCCACCUGGAUCACAAGGUGAACUAAAUGAGAUAAUGCCCAUAAAAUGCCCAGCUACAGUACCUGGACCCUUCUAAGCUCUCAAAAAAUUUUUUUUUUUUCACUUAAUCUAUAUCAGGUCUCGCCUCUGCAGGAUGCAAAAAGCACCACAGAGAGUAGAGAGCAAAACAUAGUUCCUCUCAUCGAUCUGGGAUGAAGAGACCCAAAUUCUCAGAAUCUACAUAUAGGUCCGGGGUAUGAGCCAUCGGUGGGCUCCCACCAGUGGGUUUAGGGGAACAAGAUUGCCAGGAUGUAGGAAGAGUGAGGCAAACAGCAUGGACAGGGAACAUGCAGGAUAAGUCGAGGCUGGCCUCAGAUGGAGCACAGCUUUGAAAGGCUGCAGAAGAUGGAGGUAUGCUGGGGAGAUGGGUGGGGAGCAGUCAGAACUUUGUCCAGGGACUUGGAUUCUACUUGUUAGGCAACAUGGAAUCCAGAGGAAUGUUUUUUAAAAGGGAAAAUCGGGUGAUUUGGGUUAUGCUUGGAAAAGAAUGUUCUGGCUGCCACAUAGAGCGCCGAUGACUGGCCUGUUGAACUCCCAAUAGGUUAUGGCAGUAACCCAAGGCUCGAAUGAGGCAAGGGGCAGAUGUAGUGAUAAAGACAUUCCAGGGGUUGAAUUACCAACCAGGACCUAACUCUGAUCUGUUGUGGAGGAUGAGAACAAAGGGAAAGUCAAGAGUCUGGAAAGGGGUCUUGUGAGGAAAAAAAAAAAAACAAAAAAAAAAAACAGGCUCAGACUAAAGCCGAGUUUUCAGAGCUAACGUGAUAGCCAGCUUCUCCCCGGGUCAACAGAGUGGGUCCUGCCAAGGUCCAGCCAUUGCCUAGAUGGGCAGAAAGAGAACUGACCCCAGGCCAGUAGACAUCCGCCUUGAAACGCAGGGUUUUCUUGCCAAACAUGCUCUCAGCAGCCACCUGCUUUGAGCUUCCGAAAUGAGGUCAGUUUUUGCCCUAAGUGAGGUUUGCCACAAGUGAGAUUCUUUAACCCUGAUCAUGGUGCCAACGGUUCCUGCCAGAAUGGGCAAGCUGAGGUCUGGGCCCCCUCACUGCUAUAGUAUCGGCCCCUUUUAAUUCAUGCCAUUCGGAAAAGCACAGACUUAGGAUUUUGUUUUGAGCUGGCCAGGUUGACUUGUAUAUUUCCAUCACUACUGCCCCCGAUCUCCAGCAUGGCCCUGUGCCCACCUUCCCCUCAAAGCCUUCCAUCUGAAUUGGCACAUUAAUCUGAGGCUGUCUGCAGGUGACAAAGAAAAGAAGUAUUAGUCUGGGCUUCCCAUCGGACCUUCCCAUACGCCUGUCUUCUCCGAGCCCUCCUAAAGUCUCCAGCAUCCAAAUGUGCCAUUUGACUCAGGAAUUAAAAGCCGAGAGCUGGGAUGGAGGAAAAAGGAUUUGAGAGGCAGAGUGAGCAGCUGUGCCCCAUCCAACCCAGGGACUUAACACAGAUGGUCCCCACAAACCUGAAUUUGGCCUUCAGGGGUUAAUGGCAGCCUAGCCUCUCCUCUUUCUCCCUGCCUCCCCCCACAACUUUGGUCCACCUGCCAGUCCCUGCCUGGUGGCAUGGCCACCCCACCGCAAACACUGAUGUGUCUGAGAUGUGAGGACCCUCUGGAAAGCAGGUGUUUGGGCUCUGUUCUCUAUUAAUGUUUGUAAAGCCAUGUGCAGGGGAGGUGAUUGGGAGUAAAUGUGCCUUGGUAUGUGUGUGAGUUGGUUGUGUCCUAGAAUCCCAGAAUGGUUCUGAGCCAGCGGGGUCUGUGGGGCCUGCGUGUCUGGUCCCCAGCAGAGCUCACCGUUAACCAGGUGGCAGGCAGGAACAAAUCUGCCUGAAGAUGCAGCUCUCCAUAAUCUUCAGAAAAUGACUCCAGGACAUCAAAGUGCCCAGAGGUGGCUCCCAGGAGGCUCUAGUCCAGGGUUUGCCAACCUAAGCACUAUUGGCAUUUAGGGCUGGGGAGUCCUUGUGGAGGGGCAGGGGCUGUCCUGGGCAUUGCAGGGUACUGAGCCGUACCCCCAGGCUCCACCCUCGGGACCUCAGUGGCAGCCCCACCCCCACUCCCACCUCCGGAAGUUACGACCAGCUACGUUCUCAGUUGGUGCCAGGUGUUCAGUCACAGAAUCUCUGCUGGCUGCCCGGGACAUUCUCACCGUCCAGCUUCUGGAGUAAGCAGAGCAUUCCUCAGCCCCAUGGUUUUCUCUCCAUCAUCUGCUGCCAAACUGAGACCCGAAGGAUUUCAAGAGGGAAUGAAAAAGCGUGGUUUCACCACCUCCCUCCCGAGACGGGAGGAGGACAGCCCGGUUUGGGGGAGAUGCUGUGUGCUUGGCGUCCAUUCUGACGAAGACCCGCGGAGGCGCAGCGCCCCCCGCCCGCCUCCAUCGCGUUUUCCGCGUUGUGUAGUCGUUGUGAUCGUAAGACCCACCCUGGGCUCAGCAGUGGUUUUCCGGGAGGUGCCGGUAAGUCUCCGGCCCGCGGCGGAGAAGCCGGGAAUGUGAGCCGAGUGGGUGUCCCCUGGCACCACACACACGUUGUCAGAGACUCCAUGCUGCUAAUCGCCGCCAAGUGUCCCGCGCGCUCCAGCACCUUCCUCGAAGGACUGACGCCCGCCCCAUGCUCUCUGCGAGGUUGUCCAGGCUGUGCUCGCCGCAUGCUCUUCUGUAUAAUUCUUAUCUUCUAAUUUGAUGGAAUUCAACAAAAGUCUACUUAUGCCUGUUUGCAUCAUGAUCAAAAUAUUAAAAAGUCGAAUUAAC